AUGGCUGAAGAAAAAGAUCCUGAAGUACAUGAAAUUGUGCUUGAACCCGAUGCAGAACUGAGGUUCGAAGUUGAAUCUAAAUUGGAUACAAUCACCCUAGAGCUUAAAGUUGGUUUGGCUGAAAUAUUUGGUACUGAACUAGUUAAAGGAAAACCUUAUACAUUUACCACUGGAGCAAAACUGGCUGUUUUUACUUGGCAAGGAUGUACUCUCGAACUUCGUGGGAAAAGAAAUCUAUGUUACAUCGCAAAAGAAACUCCUAUGAUGUUUUAUUUGAAUUGCCAUGCUUGUCUUGAGCAGCUGAGAAUGAAAGCUGAGACUGAAUCUGAAGUGAAACGGGGGCCUAUAACUAUGGUCGUUGGUCCUACCGAUGUAGGAAAAUCUACUGUAUCUCGUAUUCUUCUUAAUUAUGCAGUGCGUAUGGGUAGAGCACCAGUUUAUGUUGAUUUAGAUAUUGGUCAAGGACAAAUUUCAAUUCCUGGUGCCAUUGGUGCUAUUUUAGUUGAAAGACCUGCAGAUGUGGAAGAAGGAUUUCCACACAAUGCACCCCUUGUUUACCACUAUGGGCACACAAGUAUGGAUAAAAAUCAUCAAACAUUUAACCUCUUAGUAAACAAAAUGGCAGAAGUAGUUCAUGAGCGGCUUCAAACUAAUAGAAAGUCCAAUAUAUCAGGUAUAAUAAUCAAUACUUGUGGAUGGGUGAAAGGAGAAGGUUACCGACAUCUGACUCAUGCUGCUCAAGCAUUUGAAGUUGAUAUAAUUCUUGUACUUGAUCAAGAGAAGCUUUAUAAUGAACUUGUCAGGGACAUGCCCAACUUUGUAAAGGUUGUUCUUCUUCCCAAAAGUGGUGGUGUUGUUGAACGCACCAAAAAAUUUCGUAUGAAUUCAAGAGAUGCAAGAGUAAGAGAGUAUUUUUAUGGUGGUAAAACUCCUCUGCACCCUCACAGCUUUGAUGUGAAAUGGUCAGAUUUGAGGGUAUACAAAAUAGGUGCUCCUCCAUUGCCGGACUCUUGCAUGCCUCUUGGAAUGAAAGCUGAAGAUAAUAUGACAAAGCUUGUUGCCGUUCAGCCUGGCCCUAAUCUUCUCCAUCACAUAUUGGCUGUAAGUUUUGCCAGUUCAACUGAUGACGAUGUUAUCACUACCAAUAUAGCAGGCUAUAUUUGUGUGACAAAUGUAGAUGUGGAAAACCAGACCCUAACAGUUUUAUCUCCUCAACCUAGACCUCUACCAGAUACUCUUCUCAUUUUAUCUGAUGUUCAAUUUAUGGACAGCCAUUAA